GAGACUGAACCAAGGAUUGGAAGCCACCACUCUGUCCCCGAACAGAACCUCCAUUCACAGCGUCUGCCAGCUGGAGGCUCUACCCUGUCCCCUGCCAUCUUCCUUCCUCCACCCCCCGAGUUACCGGUUGAGACUUUGGAACAGAGCAUCAUGGGGACUCCAAAUGACCAGGCAGUGUUGCAGGCCAUCUUCAACCCUGAUACCCCCUUUGGAGAUGUUGUUGGAUUGGACCUGGAAGAAGCAGAGGAGGAAGAUGAAGAUGGAGUUUUCCCUCAAGCACAACUGGAGCAGUCCAAGGCCCUGGAGUUGCAGGGAGUGAGGGCAGCAGAAGCUGGGGACCUCCACACAGCCCUGGAGAGGUUUGGCGAAGCCAUUAGUCUGCUACCUGAGAGAGCCUCUGCCUACAACAACCGGGCCCAAGCCCUGCGGCUCCAGGGAGAUGUAGCAGGCGCCCUGGAGGACUUGGAGCGCGCAGUGACAUUGAGUGGCGGCCGGGGUCGCGCCGCCCGCCAGAGCUUCGUGCAGCGUGGGCUGCUGGCGCGAUUUCAGGGCCGGGACGACGACGCCCGCAGGGACUUCGAGCAGGCUGCGCGACUGGGCAGCCCGUUCGCACGGCGCCAGCUGGUGCUGCUCAACCCGUACGCCGCGCUGUGCAACCGCAUGCUGGCCGACAUGAUGGGGCAGCUGCGCGCGCCCAGCAACGGGCGCUGAGCGCGGCCGGCAGGAUGAUGGAGAGGGGGGACCCUGACCCAACCAGGACCCAAUAAAACUUCCAGGACUCUC